GCAAGAUAUCUAGGUUAACAACCACCUGUAUUGAUCAUAAUGACCUCCAGAAUGGACGAUCUACCCGAGAAAUAUGAUGAUCUUCCUGACAAGAGACAAUACUGGCCCGCAGCCGCCGGAUCGCCCGAAGAGGGACUCGGCAUGCUUCGCAUCUUAACUCCGGGAAUCGUAGCGGACGCAGCGCGGACACAGAUCCAGACUGGAUUGAGAGUCUGUUUAAACUGGGAUUUGGAGCAGCUGGAUACACCGGGAUUCCGCCGCAAGCCCUUCGAGCAUCGCAUCAAAUGGGUGUCUCUGGGUAUCGCGUUUGACGAUGAGUACCAUUUCAACCCGCAGCAGUCUUCCCAAUGGGAUGGGCUCCGACACCACAGCGCACCUGCACCGACGCCCGAAGACCAAACUCGCCGUAUAUUCUACGGUGGUACUACAGCUGAAGAGAUCCAGGAUCCGAACUCGUCGCGCAUCGGCAUUGGAUAUUGGGCCAAGAAGGGCAUCGCCGGUCGAGGCGUCUUGAUCGACUAUCUAUCAUGGGCUGAGAAAAAGGGCAUCACCGUCAAUGGGCUCAGUCAACACGCCGUGCCUCUCGACGACGUCCUAUCUAUCGCGGGCGAAUGCAACAUCGAGUUUCAACGAGGAGACAUUUUCUUCCUCCGCGUCGGCCUCACAAAAACCUGGUACGCCAUGAGCGAGGCCCAGAAGCAGGUAUAUAGCCAGCAAACGGUGCCCAAGCAUGCUGGGCUCGAGCAGAGCGAGCGCGUGCUCCGGUUUAUGUGGGAUAACCACUUUGCCGCGGUGGCAUCUGAUGCCGUUAGCUUCGAGGUCUUCCCGCCCUUAAACCCCGAGUUUGAUCUACACCACCAUAUGCUUGCCGGUUGGGGACUGCCGAUCGGCGAGAUGUUCGAUCUGGAGGAACUGGCGGAGACGUGCAGGCAGUUGGGGCGGUGGACGUUCUUUAUCUCCAGCAGUCCACUCAAUUGUGCGAAAGGCGUUUCCAGCCCGCCGAACUGUAUGGCUAUUUUCUGAGCUCGGAUCGCGCUCAUCGUAAUUUAUGACUUGUUAUGAUCUCCCAAACGCCCCAUUUU